CCGACGUAACGUUUGGGACCACAUGGUAAUGAAUUAUGCGAAAUGUGCCGUGGUCGUCGCAAUGAGAGGCUCCGACUUGCUCGCGUCUAGAUCCGACCGAGUCCCUCCCCGUGCUUCCUGUUGUUCCAGGUAAUCUGGCAAACCUUCGGCAAAUUUUGAUAGACAGCAUCGUGAUUUUAGUCAGGAAUAUCCGAAGUGGCAGAUCCGACGAUGUUGUAUGAUGUCAUAUGCAUUUAGCCAACAGUAGCCAAGGUCGGCCUUGACUCAAGUGCAUUCGAGGUGUACCGUUUAUUUUGAUGACAGGAGGGGGCUUUUCUUUCCAUAUCGGCUUCUACUACCCGAUGUUCUUCUUUCAAUUGGACGCUAUUAAGGAUAUUAUUAGCGUCGCCUUUUCAUUUUACUCCGAUCUCGUUAUUUUAAAUGCGUCCAAGACUGUGGGACGAGUCACGUCAGGGUUCAUCGCGCCGUUCAUCGGAGUCCCGCUAUUAACAAUACCAGCAACAAUUUCAUGCGGAAUGCUCAAUUUGGGCAUGAUUGGGUUGAGUACUCCGGCUACCGUCGUUGUGCUUUAUGGCUAUUUUGGAGGGCCAUGAAAGGAGUUUUCCUUUCGAUUUUGGUAAAAAGUUCAAGACGGGAUUGAUUGAUCACGUAGACAUCGCGAUGUCGAUGUUGGAUAUUGUGUACAUAGCUGUAAGCCAGUUGCUUACGACGUCAAGAAUCACGUGAACGUUCCCCAUAUAUAUCACUACGCUUCGCCUU